CGAACAUCCGCCAUCUCGACUAAUACUCCAUACAACCGCCGUCAUGGUGCUCCAAGACCUCGGACGGCGCAUCAAUGCCGCCGUCACAGACCUCACGAGGUCGCCAAACCUCGACGAGAAGGCCUUCGAAGCCAUGGUCAAGGAGAUCUCAAAUGCACUCGUCGAAGCCGAUGUCAACGUCAAACUCGUCAUGAACCUGCGCCAAUCGAUAAAGCGCGCCGUCGACUUCAAGCACCUCCCACCUGCCGUCAACAAGAAGCGUCUCAUCCAGAAAGCGGUCUUUGAUGAACUCGUUAAGCUCGUCGACCCGCACGCUGAGCCCUUCAAACCGCGCAAGGGCAAGUCCAACGUCAUCAUGUUCGUGGGUCUGCAGGGUUCGGGUAAAACGACAACAUGUACCAAGCUGGCCAGAUGGUAUCAAGCCAGAGGCUUCAAGGCGUGUCUGGUGUGCGCGGAUACCUUCCGUGCUGGUGCAUUCGAUCAGCUGAAGCAGAAUGCGACAAAGGCCAAGAUUCCGUACUAUGGUAGUCAUACACAGACGGAUCCGGUUGUCGUCGCGGGCGAGGGUGUGGAGAAGUUCAAAAAGGAGCGCUUCGAGAUCAUCAUUGUGGACACGUCAGGACGACACAGGCAAGAGAAGGACCUUUUCGACGAGAUGGUGCAAAUUCAAAACGCCGUGCAACCCGACCAGACUAUCAUGGUCCUCGAUGCAACCAUCGGUCAAGCAGCAGAAGCGCAAGCGCGCGCGUUCAAGGAGGCAGCAGACUUCGGAGCCAUUGUUAUCACAAAGACCGACGGUGCAGCGGCAGGAGGUGGUGCUAUUUCCGCCGUUGCAGCAACACAUACGCCUAUCGUCUUCAUUGGUAAUGGAGAACACAUGCUAGAUCUCGAGCGUUUCGCACCACAAGCUUUCGUCUCAAAACUGCUCGGUAUGGGCGACGUCCAGGGUCUCGUUGAGCACGUCCAAUCACUCAAACUCGACCAAAAAGAUACUAUGAAGCACAUCACCCAAGGAAUAUUCACCAUCAAGGACCUGCGAGACCAACUCUCCAACAUCAUGAAGAUGGGUCCCCUAUCAAAGAUGGCUGGCAUGAUACCUGGACUAAGCAACAUGAUGGGCGGCAUGGACGACGAAGAGGGCGGCACCAAACUCAAGCGGAUGAUAUACAUCUGUGACAGCAUGACGGAGAAGGAACUCGAAUCCGACGGCAAGAUGUUUGUUGAUCAGCCUACACGUAUGACGCGUGUAGCCCGUGGCUCAGGCACAUCAGUUCGCGAGGUGGAAGAAAUACUCACACAACACCGCAUGAUGGCCGGUAUGGCAAAGAAGAUGAAGGGCGGCAUGGCGAAUAUGCAGAAAGCCCAAGGUGCCAUGGGCGGUGGAAACAAACAACAACAGCUCGCGGCUAUGCAGAAACGAAUGCAGAGUAUGGGCGGCGCCAACGCUAUGGGUGGUGCUGGUGCUGGUGGCGGUAUGCCGGACAUAGGCGCCAUGAUGAAGAUGCUUGGCGGAGGCGGUGCAGGUGGCGGAGGAGGUAUGCCUGAUAUGUCUGCCCUAGGUGGGAUGGGUGGUAUGGAUAUGAACAAGAUGAUGCAGAUGAUGGGCGGAAUGGGAGGCAUGGGAGGCAUGGGCGGCGCCGGCCAGGGUCGAGGAAAACGGUAGCCUUUUGAAAGGGAACUAGGUUGGGGGUUCGUGCUUCUUCAUGCAUAGCCGUGGCGUUUGGGCUGUUACUUGGAAUCACAAUGUAGAUGUAUGUAGGCAUACGAAGGAACUCGGUUUCACUGAGUCAUUACUAUCAGGAAAUAUCCGCUCUUACAUGAUCCUAACACAAGAACUUUGCAAUGGUCCAUUGACUUAUACAUACUCCGUUAGGGAUACCAAGGAGCUCAUAGUUUGGUGGCAUACUUCAUGACGGCAAUUGGGCACUAUUUUUAUGCAGCGAAUCUCU